UUCAGAUCUUGAGAAAUAGGAGGUUCAGACUCUGUUGUGGGAGGAUUCACACCUGUCAGACUGUCAUCAGCAGAUAGUCUUCUUAGUUCAGACCUUUCACCAAACAACUGAAGAAAAUGUUUCACAUGUGUAUUUUACUCUCUUUGUGCUGGUGGAUUCUGACUGGUGUGUUUGGCGCUAAAACGAAUAAAAUCCAGUCAGUGUCUGUGAUGGAGGGAGAUUCUGUCACUUUACAGACUGGUGAAACUGAAAUACAAUAUGACGAUGAUAUACUGUGGACAUUUGGAGCUGAAAAGUCUCUCAUAGUUAAAAUCAGCAAUGAGAAAAACAUCUUUUCAACAUUUGAUGUUCAUAAUGGGAUAUUCAGAGACAGACUGAAGCUGGAUAAUCAAACUGGAUCCCUGACCAUCUCAGACAUCACAACUGAACAUGCUGGAGAAUAUCAACUUGAGAUAAAUGGAGCAAAACUGACAUCAAAAAUAUUCAGUGUUUCUGUCUAUGCUCGUCUGCCCACUCUCAACAUUACCAAAGAUAGCUCUUCAUCAUCAUCAUCAUCAUCAUCAUCAUAUUGUUCAUUGCUGUGUUCAGUGGUGAAUGUGAGUCAUGUGACUCUCUCCUGGUACAAAGGAAACAGUUUAUUGUCCAGCAUCAGUGUGUCUGAUCUCAGCAUCAGUCUCUCUCUACCUCUGGAGGUGGAAUAUCAGGAGAAAAACAGCUACAGCUGUGUGAUCAACAAUCCCAUCAGAAACCAGACCACACAUCUGAACAUAAGUGAACUCUGUCUGCCAUAUCCAGAUAAGGGCCUACCUUUAUUUUACACAGUGCUGAUUCCUUCUGCUGCUGGAUCUCUGUUGAUUGUUUCAGUCGUGAUCUGCUGCAUCUGCAUAAAAUGUAAAAAAACAGCUCUGACCCAAGAGGAAGACCGAACUGAUUCACCAUUGUGUAAACCAGCAACGCGAAAAACGAAAUCAAAGACUGACGCCGUGUAUGAAAAUGUCCCCAAAAAGCGAUGAUCAAAAAGACUGUAUCUACUGGAUUUGUGCUGUUAGAGCUCAUACUAGAUAAUACCUCACCUUCUCAUUCACAUUCAUUAUCUUCCAGCAUGUCACUGUUUUGUCUGUAUCAUAUCCUUUGGCGUUACUGUAAUGUCUAAAAUGUUAUUUGAAUUAAAUUAGUGAUUUACCAAAUAGCAGCAUAUCAUCCAAAAACUCAAGUAAAUGUUCUUUCUUUAUCUUCUCACAUGGGAAUUUACCUAAUGCUCAUUACACCUUCUGUCAUUUACUGUUCCUGUUUUAUUGUAUAGUAUAUCACGGUUUGUUCUGUUGUUAGCAAAAGUAGCACAAGCGCAUCAUCGCCCUCCUGGUGGCCAAAGCAGAAUAUCACAUCUCUAAUAUCAGAACUACUUUUACCGACAGGGUGCACUAUAGAUCCAUACUGAAUGCACAAAAUAAAGACAAUGGUCUGCUUGAUCAUCAUGCUGCCUCCUGGUGACUCUUUAAACAAUAACUAAAUCAAAUAGAGCUAAAUUACAGCAUCUAAGAAUGGCAUAGUCAAAUACAAACAGGCCAUGUACACAGUGCUGCUGUCAUUUUAUGGGAA